GCAGAGAUCAGCCCAGCGCCGGGGCUGGGCGCGAGAAGUCGACGGGACACGCCCCCGCGGCGCGCGGUAGCGGUUCACGGUUUACGGUUCGCAGUCCGCGAUCACGGUCGGUGCCGGCUGAGCGCGAGGCGAUGCUGAGCCUGCUGGAGGUGGGCGGCAGCCUGCUGGAGCGGGCCGCCGUCGGCAACCCGCUGUCCCUGCUGCUGGCCGCGUCCGCCUUCGCGCUCAGCCUCGGCUACCUCUUCCAGCUGAGUUACCGCCGCCACGCCGGGGCCGAGCGGACGAACCACCCUCCUCACAUCCCGUCAAGCAUCCCGUUCCUCGGGCACGCCAUCGCGUUUGGGAAGAGCCCUAUUGAGUUUCUGGAAAACGCCUAUGACAAGUAUGGACCCGUGUUCAGUUUCACCAUGGUGGGGAAGACCUUUACGUACCUACUGGGCAGCGAUGCUGCUGCGCUGCUCUUCAACAGCAAAAACGAAGACCUGAAUGCAGAGGAUGUGUACUCUCGGCUGACUACACCAGUCUUUGGAAAGGGAGUGGCUUAUGAUGUCCCUAAUGUGGUAUUUUUGGAACAGAAGAAGAUGCUCAAAACUGGGCUAAACAUUGCUCAGUUUAAGCAGCACGUAACUCUGAUUGAAGAAGAAACAAAGGAAUAUUUCAAAGCAUGGGGAGAGAGUGGAGAAAGAAACCUGUUUGAAGCCUUUUCGGAACUUAUCAUUUUGACAGCAAGUCACUGCUUGCAUGGGAAAGAGAUAAGAAGCUUACUGAAUGAGAAGGUGGCUCAGCUGUACGCAGACCUGGAUGGGGGCUUCACUCAUGCUGCGUGGCUUCUGCCAGCCUGGCUACCUCUGCCCAGCUUCAGGCGUCGAGAUCGAGCACACAGAGAAAUAAAGAAUAUUUUCUACAAGGUUAUCCAGAAGCGUCGGAGUUCCGAGGAAAAGCAGGAUGACAUGCUCCAAACUCUGCUUGAUGCUUCCUACAAGGAUGGCCGCCCGCUGACAGAUGAUGAGAUAGCUGGGAUGCUCAUAGGGCUGCUCCUAGCAGGGCAGCACACGUCCUCGACCACCAGUGCCUGGCUGGGCUUCUUCAUAGCCAGAGACAAGGCGAUACAGGAGCAGUGCUACGCGGAGCAGAAAGCGGUCUGUGGAGAUGAUUUGCCACCACUAACCUAUGACCAGCUCAAAGAUCUCAGUUUGCUGGAUCGCUGUCUGAAAGAAACCUUAAGGCUUAGACCUCCUAUAAUGACCAUGAUGAGACUGGCUAAAACUCCCCAGACUGUUGCAGGAUACAGCAUUCCCCCCGGCCACCAGGUCUGCGUGUCCCCCACCGUUAACCAGCGCCUGAGGGACUCCUGGAAGGAUGCCCUGGACUUCAAGCCCGACCGCUAUCUCCAGGACAACCCGGCAGCUGGAGAGAAGUUUGCCUACAUUCCCUUUGGCGCUGGCCGUCAUCGCUGUAUUGGAGAGAACUUCGCUUACGUUCAGAUCAAGACCAUUUGGUCCACUUUGCUCCGUUUGUAUGAAUUUGAUCUCAUCAAUGACUAUUUUCCAACUAUAAAUUAUACAACCAUGAUACAUACGCCUAAUAACCCAGUUAUCAGAUAUAAGAGGAGGUCACUGUAAAUUCUGGAGCUAAAACCUUAAGUUGUGCAAACUAACAGACUUUUGAUGAAAUAAUUGUGACAAAAUGAAUGGUGAAUGGAAACUGUUCCACGUACUAUGUAGAAGCAGGCCUGCCCCCUCUUUGCAUCUGUUCUGUUCAUUUCCCCACACCGUUUAGCGUUGCUGUAACUGCUCGUUCUCCCACCUUCCUGGUGCUUUUGUUGAAGGAGAAACCAUCCUGUGUGUGUGUAACACUUCUAAGGUGCAUGCCCCCCCCUUUAAGACGAAGAAAUGUUUUUUCUACCAACUGGAAUCUUUGCUUUAGAAAAUAUUUGAUGAUCGCCUUCCCCCAGCUAAUGAGGGGUGAGACUGUACCCGACCUCUGCGUCCAGCAACAGGAACUCCGUCGGGUACAAGGUGCCGAGGGCACUGUACAUGCCCCGCUGUGAAACAGAAUCACAGAUGGAAAAGGGAAUGCAGCGAGGUCCCGGCUGAUUCCUGGAAGUGCCCACCUAAUGAUUAAAAAUGGUCACCGUACAGCUGAGCACAGCUGGCUGCAGAAGUGUUCCUAGGGAAGUUUUGUAACUUGGCGGUUUAAAUGUCUAACUUGAAGCAUUUGUAAAAUGCUUCGCUUCAGGAAGCUACAAAUGAUUUUCUAAAAUAAACUGUGAAAUGCAGCCAUCUCUGAAA